AUGAGUAAUACAGAUGGAGAUAUAGAGGUGAAGGAUGCACCAGCAGACCAAAGAGAAAGCAGAGAGUCUACAAUCUCAGCUUCUAAUCAACCCACACCAAAUCCAAUCACACUCGAAAAGCCCCAGUUUCAACAGCCAAACUCAACAACACAAUCACCACAGAUCAAACAUGAAGAAUUAUCAUCAAGAAAUACCCCUGUCCCCCAAGUAUUGCAGUUUCAAGUGCCUAAUGAUGCAAAAGUUUCAGAUAUAGUUGGUGGCGCACCAGUAAGACAAUGGUUAAAUGAAAAUGUUACACCAACAUUACUUCAAGGUGUACGCAAGAUUUCAACAGAAAGACCUCAAGAUCCACUUCGUGUGCUUGGUGAAUUUCUCAUAAAACAGAGUAAAGUGAAAUCAGAUCAAUCAACAGACUAG